CCCGGCCGUGCGUUCCGAGCCUCGCUGUGAGUUUAGGUGCGAUGGCGGCCGAACCCAGUGUGGUUUUAGCAGAACCGGAAGAGAAAUAGAGAACGUAUUGGGGCUUCCGCUUCCUGCAGCCUCCCGCCCGUUCCUGAGUGACCCACAACCCAUAAGAGCCCGGACAGUGGUCCCUGGCCAUGUCGGAAGGAUGGGAAGAGUGGCCCUUGCUGGGCCCCGGAUGGAAACGUCGGAUCGCCGUCAGGAAGUCGGGGGUCUCCUGCGGUCACACAGAUACCUACUAUAAAAGCCCCACGGGAGAGAAGAUCCGCAGUAGGAUCGAGUUGGCCAAGUACUUCAAUGCCCUCGGUUCCUCGGUGGACCUGACGCUCUUUGACUUUCGGAACGGGGUGAUUGUGGAUAAAGGUUCCCCCAAGAAAAAGAAAAACUCCAAGAGGAAAAGCCUCCCCGCUCAUGGCGAUGUGAAGCCCCAGCCUAAAAAGCCCCGCCUCUCUGCGCCUUUACCCGCCCCCGAGGAGUGUGAACAGAACGGAGAGACUGGAAAGUCUGUCGUGCGCUGCCAUGGCUGCGGAGUAUGGUUUACGGGCGUGGAAUUUGGCAAGUCCAAGGUUACCAAGUGGCGAUGUGCCGAUUGUAGAGCCUCCAGACGAGCGUUCAACAAGGAGCAGAAGUUACACAAGAAUACAGGUUGCGGCACGUGUGAGGCCUGUAAGGUAACGGAGAACUGCGGCCAUUGCACCGUCUGCCUCCUGCGCUCCCACAACCCCGAGUUCAGCAGCUCCUGGAAGUGCGUCCGGAGGCGGUGCCUGCGCAACCUGCGCAAGGGUGACGACUGUGGGAUGUGCCAGGGCUGCCAGAGGGAUGACGACUGUGAAGGCUGCUCAGUCUGCCUCGAUAAGAUGCACAAGCCUGACGCCGACAUCAAGGAGAGGUGCCUGCUGCGCCGCUGCGUGAACAAGAAGUUGACCAAACGCUCUCCUGGCUACAAGAAUAACAACACGAAGAAGCUGCACAUUAAGAAACCGGCGCCCAUCAAACUGAAGAAGAAAAAGAAGAAGAAGGCGACAGAUGGGAAAGGGCAGCCGCUCUCAGGCCGCCGUCAAAACCGGAAGUGCGGCGAUUGCGAGUCCUGCCUGCAGAAGGACGACUGUGGCGAGUGCGACUUCUGUCAGGACAAGCCCAAAUUCGGUGGCCGCAACCUUAAGCGGCAGAAGUGUCGCUGGCGCCAGUGCCUGCGCUUUGCCAUGGAAAAGAACAUCCCGGCGAUCCACAGGUCCAAUAACCCGGUGAUUCUGGAGAGGUUGAAGCACGAGGCAGGCGGCGGGGAAUAUGAGACGGUAGAGGGGCAGCAGAAUCUGGACCCUCCGCUCGCUGUGCCGCAACUCAGGGAAACUGUCAUUAAAAUGGAACAGACGAAUGGGCAGCACCGCGCCAGUCAUGAGAGGAACCACAAUCCCGUGGGGAACAACGAGACUUCCCGGCUGAUAAAGGAGGAGAGAGUGGAGGGGAUCGUCCCACACACAGAAGAUAUUGCCCCCUUGGAUCUGAAACUGAACCGAUCGGUCAAGACAGAGGAGUUCAUCACAGAGACUGAUGACGUUGAAGAAGCAGAUGAAAGCACUCCCGUGAUCAUGGAGAUUUUCAGCCUGGGCUCGUACCACGCCACGGGAGACCUAGACCGGGUUUUACUGGAAUUCAUGGGGGAGCUGAACGAGAUGCCCCUGCCGGCCCACUGGGAGGUACUGGCCCCCACCGGCCCCAAUCUUCAGUUGGUGCAGCGCUCCAGGCUUUCCACCAUGGCCGACACCGUUAUCUACAUCCAGCCCGGACUCCUCUUCCACGUGGUCGUGAGGGGCCACCCCGUCCCUUCUUCCCACGAACUCUAUAAUAACCACCCCUCCCGUCUCACCACCGUGGAUGACGUGGUGGAGCUGAUCUGCGACCUGGAGGCCCAUCGGCCCUGCCCCGGUCUGUCCAAGCCCCGGCGCCGGUCCCCCGAUUGCCGCGUGUUGGUGGCGGGCGCGGGGCGGUGCGAGGAAUGCUGCAAAGUGCCCUGGCCCUCAGGAAGCAGCCAUUAGGCGUGGGGGGGAGGCUGGUCGAGCCGUAGCUCAGGGACAAACAGGCACCACGUGGGGCUUCUCAUGGUAACGGACUGGGUGGGAUGAGAACCUGUGUAUUAGGGGUGAGCGAGGGGAGGAGCUAACAGAACCCAAUGCCUUCAGGACACAGAGCUUUCCUUUAUUUUCCCUACACUGGAAGAAGAAGAAACUGAGGCUGGGCCGCAGGUAUAAAGUCUAUUACUGAGUCUCUAGCGCUUUUUUCUUUUUAACCCUUUUAUGACUUUUACGUUGGUCAAUGGCCGACUCCGUAGUCUUCCGCUCUCGGGCCGAUUCUGCCCUCAGGGCCCACUGCCGCUCCUUUCUCCUAUUGGCUCUCUGCGGAGAGUUGCUGCUUUUCUAAAUACCCGAGAAUACCGUUUGCACCGAGGUAGCUGCAUUAUGUCAGGGGGCUUCGCCUUUUAGCAUCCAACCCCCCCCCCCCCCCCCCGUAAUUUCUUUCCAGUUUGAUACAAUAAAUCUUUGCAAUUUCUUUCUUUUAUUUCAGUGUUUUCUUAUAGCAGAUUCUUCCCACGGUGGGGUCGGAGCCCCCUUUCUGCCAGUGAUAGAACUGCGUGCCCAGGGCGGGAUGCUGCUGGCCCACUCGCAUAUUGGCUCCGCCCUCUCCAGUAGGACCUUUUAUUUAGUUUUUUUUAUAUGUUCUUAUAUAAACAUGGUGUUUGGGUAAGACGGGGCCACACAGCUUAGCGCUGCCAGUUACCCAGCAAUAACUUGCACCAAACUGCUCUUAUGGCACCGCCUAGGGGCUCUAAGCCUGGCCCCAUAGGGGGGCCACACAGUGAUGCACUCUCUUUAUACCGAUAGCUCCCCUAGUGGCCAUUAAUGGGGUGCUGCUACUGAUUUCCCAGGAACGAGCAGCCUUAGGCUGAAGUGGUCCCCUCUUCUCAUUGGAUGGAAACCUUUUGGAUCAUUAUGGGACGUUUUCUCUUAUCCGUUUGUAAAUAUAGGGACCGGUCCAUAAAGCGCUUCUCUGUUUCAUACUAAACUGGUAUUUGAUUCUUACUGAUAUAUUGAGACAUAACCACUGGUAAUAUAGGCAUUAUCUUGUGAUAUAUCAUUAAAUUAAAGUUAUAUUUACUGUAA